UUAUUCUACUUGCUUUGAUUCCCACGCUAUCCUUUUAUAAUUGUGGGUGCUGGUCAAAUUGUGUCUUUUUGCACUUUUUGAUUAUUUAAUACCGUCCAUACCCUUUGGUGAUAAGAUAUUUUUUGCUCAAACUUAACCCCACUCUGUUCCUCUGCGCGUGGAUUGAAAUCCCUCACCCUCUUUCCUAAUUCGCAAAACCAACAAAGUCGCGUGAAUUAACAUCAUGAAUAGUCAUCUCAGUGAGCUGUCAUAACCACAAGGAAAAUAUCUAAUCACCAGAAAUUUCUUCAGUUAAGUCUUUGUUCGAGUAUUGAAUAUGAAAAAAAUCUUAAUAUAAAAUAAUAGUUUAGAUUGCUUAAAUUUAAAUUAAUUAGACUUUAAUACAAAAGAAAAGGAAACCUCCUCCCUAGAAACAGACCAUCUGUAUUCAUGUCACAGAUUAACAUUUGAUGAUUGAAGAGUGAAACCACUGGAUUUAGAUUCGCAAGCAGCAUGGAAAACACCGUCAAACGCCAUCGUCAAACCCAAGGCAAAGCGCAAUCCAUCACCACCGCAGCAACAAGUACCACCGCCACGAGCCCUGAUGUCGGUGUGGAGGAAGGCAACUCUGAGAUGUGGAACAACUUUUCCAACAGAUUUCGACAGGUUCAGUCCGUGCUGGAUCGGAACAGAUUGUUGAUUCAGCAAGUCAACGAGAACCAUCAGUCGAGAACGAAUGACAAUAUGGUGCAGAACGUGGGCCUGAUUCAGGAGCUUAAUGGAAAUAUUUCCGAGGUCGUUUCUCUUUAUUCUGAUCUUUCCACCAAUUUUUCAGCCAUGUUUCGUCAGGGAAACCAAGACGAGACGAACAACCAGAGACGCCGCUGAUGCUUCUCUUAAUUUUCUCUUCUCGAAUCAAAUACUGUACUAAGUUUCUAGCUAGUUUGCCUAUUGAUUUCACUCUUUCUUUGACAACCUUUCUAUCUAUGAAGGUAAAGGUAAGAUUUGCGCACAUUCUAUCCUUUCCAAAUCCCACUUGUGGAAUCAUACAGGUUAUGUUGUUGUUGUUGCCUCUGGAACUGAAUCCAAAAAUCCACAUGUAACUUAAUUUCGGACAACCUUGCAGUGCGCGAUUAUAAUUUAUUGGGUUGAUUGCUACCAUCUGUGCGUUGGUCGUUCACGGUUAACUAAGCAAAAGAUCUAUAACAUCCUGUAAUUUUACUUUGAUGUAGAAUCAAAAUCCUGUACAAACUAUAUUUAUGGUGGUAUAUUGACAAUGUGAUGUUGUAUUAGUACAAUGUUUUCUUCUUGCA